AUGGCCGAGAAUGCUCUAGAUGCAGAUGCCAAUGCAGAUUCAAAUGCGAAUGGCCCCGUCCGACGAGCAUCUAGUGUUGGAUUCCAACUAGGACGGCAUUCAUCUUCAAAUGCACGCAUAAAUGAGAUACUUGAGAACGCUCGUGAACGCGCCGAUUCAAUGGCUGGUCCCUCUCCUACCCAUCUCUCACCCCGGCCCGCCGGCAGUCCCAUCCUCCCGCCCAACUCGUCGCUCAGGCCGAGCCCUGUCAACGAGGACAGCAGCGCCGACGAGGCUACUGGAUUCAUAUCCCAUACGCCGCCUCUCAAUUACAACUCGCUCAAUGUUACAAGUACCGCGACCUCGGCCCCGCAGAUCCGUAAACCAUCCUUACGCCAGCGACCAUCUUCCCAACAAAACAAUGGCGCUGCCCAGAACCCUGAGACGGCCCGACAAGCCAGCUCAGAGAGUGGUAAUACGUCGUGGUGGCAGACCCAGGCAGAGAAGUUUCAGUCGAUAGAGCUGGAGAAUAAAGGCAGCGUUGCCCGAGAUCACCUCGCCAUCGAACGAACAUUUCUGGCAUGGCUACGCACAUCUCUUAGUUUUGCAUCCAUAGGGAUAGCAGUGACACAGCUCUUUCGCCUCAAUACGUCUCUCGAAAGCGAGCAUGGCAAUAACUCGCGGAGCAACACCCAGACAUUACGACACAUGGGCAAGCCGCUUGGCACCACGUUCCUCGGUAUCAGUAUAUUGAUUCUCUUCCUUGGCUACAAACGCUAUUUUCAAUCUCAGCACUGGGUCAUGCAGGGCAAGUUUCCUGCUAGUCGUGGUACAAUCAUGAUUGUUGCGUUUGUUGCUUUGGCGAUUAUGGUUGUCUCUCUUGUGGUAGUGAUUGCUAUCCACCCGUCUGAGCAUGAGCUAUAA